UCUCGGAGCUUCCUCAAAUCAUAUCAUCAUAACCAUACCUUGUGCUUUUAUUUAAUUAUGCCUGAUGGAAAACUCGAGUAAGAGGAAGUUGGAAGGGGAAUGCCGCCUCUGUGACAUAGAACUUAAAGUACAACUGAGCAAUUUGACAGCAUUUCAAGCUACCCAAAGGAGAACAUCUCAGAAGUGGGUCCUCCUACUUUAAUUUUCAACACAAGAGAAAUUGUUCUUCAGCGGUGUCAGAAUAAAUCCACAAUCUUUUAUAUUCAGGAUUUUAAAGACCUGGGUACAUCAUCAGCCUCUCCUCAGUGUGUUUUGCAAUUGACUCCUCUGUGUGAGGCAACUGAAUUUCUUCUGCACAAGCCUGGGACUCGCUUGGAAGGUGCCCAGUUCUCACUUGGUGCAAAAUUGUUUGCUUUCGUUUUUUCAUUGUAAGGAGCAGAAGCCAUGGGUCAAACAAAGUGGAGAACACUACCCUCCAGGCGCUCGUACCUCAAGCUCUUUCAGUCUUUGGUGCUGGCUGGCCAUUUUUACUUCUCGUCAGGCAUCAUCCAGGUGACCAAGCCGGUGAAUGACAGGGCAGUACUAUCCUGUGAUUACAACAUUUCCACUGAUGAACUGACAAAAGUUCGCAUCUACUGGCAAAAAAAUAAUAGUGAUAUGGUGCUGAGUGUCGUUUCCGGAAAAAUGGAAGUGUGGCCCAAGUAUAAGAACCGCACCGUAGCCAACAUCAUCAGUAACCCUUUCAUUGUGAUCCUGGGUCUGCGCCCAUCCGACAAGGGCAUAUAUAGCUGCGUCAUUCAGAAGCCUGAAAAGGGAGCUUACAAGUUGGGACACUUGACUUCGGUGAUGUUAUCAGUCACAGCUGACUUUCCUGUCCCAAGUAUAACUGAGCUUGGAAACCCAGCUACAAACAUCAAAAGAAUAAUUUGUUCAACCUCCGGAGGUUUUCCAAAGCCUCACCUCUCCUGGUUGGAAAAGGGAAAAGAAUUAAAUGCCAUCCACACAACAGUUUCCCAAGACCCUCAAACUGAGCUCUACACUAUUAGCAGUGAACUGGACUUCAAUGUGACCAACAACCACACCUUCAUAUGUCUUGUCAAGUAUGGAAACUUAACAGUAUCACAGAUCUUCAACUGGCAAAAAUAUGAGCCAAAAACCUCUCCUUUUAAUCAGUCCUGGCUCUGGAUCUUAAUCAUAGUGGUUGGGAUUUCUGUGAUCGUUGUUAUUGCAGUAUUUUGUUAUUGCUGCCUGUGCAACAGACCUGCUGCAAGAUGGAGAGAGAGAAGGAAGAGUGGGGAGAGUAUGGAAAUGAAAACAAUCUCCCCUAUCGUCUCAGGAUCUGCAGAAGCAUCAGGCUGAACAGAACAUUUAAAGCAUUCGCCUGUGUUGCCUCCAUAGACAAGUGGCCCUGAGGACCCCACAUGCAAUGGACUGAUGGACUGCAGCAGGGAAACACAAGUUGAGCUGGCCUGAUACUGAACUGGACUGUGCAGACGUGGAACAGAAACUCUCGACACUGGUUUUGAUUUUAGCUCUACUGGAACCCAAGCUAUACUUCUUCUAUGACUGGACUAAGGGAAAUGGGACUUUGGAAACUCAGGGAUUUAAUUCCACACUAAUAAAAAUCACUCAUUCUCCCAUUCAAAUCUCAGAAAAUUCCUCUUCUCAGGAUAUUGCAAGAAAUCCACCCCCACGAAGGCCUAGUGGGGAUGAGGACCCCCCACUUCCACCUGUAACACUUGGACAACAGUUCUACAGAUAUCAAGAAUUCCCAUGUCUCUGGGUGUGUUUAGCACAAAUGGAAGUUUCGAAUAAAAAUCUGGGGGACUGCUUAUCUACUCAACUAUCAAUGCAGCAGGUGCAGCAAAUGUCAUCUGAGGUACCCAGGAAGCUGAACCCUGACAAUUAUUUGUACAAGGAACACUAAAUGGCAGCCCGUUAUGUUGAUCUUACAAAGAACCAGCAUGAAGUCUGCUGUUAGUCCGACUACUGGCCCAGGGAAUGACUACAUGUAACCGAUGAAAGUUUUCAUCUUCCACAGUGGUACCCAGUCCAUGUCCAGACACUACGUCUACCUAACUCCUCUGCAUCCACAGCAAGAAGCAGAAUCUUUUAAGUGGAGACUGAACAUGUUCCACAUUGUUUAUAGAUAUAUGUGUACACUGGGAUACCACCUUUUACAUAAAGCCAAGUAAAGUUCACUCACUGCUGUG